CGAGAACAUGGUGCGCAAGGCCCUGCGUCUUGGCGCGGGACAGACAGAGGCCUUCCUGAGCGAUGGCGUCGACAACCACACUCCUGCUGCUCGCCCAUUGGUUAGAGAUUUACCAGGGCACCCUCGUUGAAGAGCCUUCAUCUCAUCACGUGCUCUGUCUCCAACCUCGGAUUUGCAAAGGCGAUCAAGAUGUUACCUCUGCUCGAGGAGCUUGAGAUUUCACGACCUACAUAUUGCAAUACACGAGAAAUGGUUGAACUAGUCGCAGGAAUAUGCCUAGAGUUGAAGCACUUCAGACUUGUCAUGCAUGGCCUUGAAGGCAGGCGUACUAGUGCCAGGGUAGCAUCUUUGGUUGCAAGGAUGCACAAGCUACGCUCCUUGCAUCUUGUCCGCCUUAAACUUGACAAUGAAGAGCUGGGAACCAUCCUUGACAAUUGCCACGACCUAGAGUACCUCGACAUGCGAGAGUGCAGCCUUGUUGACAUGGAUAACAUGGAUGACAGCCUACGAGUGAAGCUUGCCCAGAUCAAUAUGGAUAACCAUGAGUACUCUAGUGACCAACAGGUUGACUAUGAGUACAAGAUCCGUAGUAUUCAUUACGAACUCAACUACCGUGAACUUAGAGAUGGUUCGCUUUCCUACUAUCCGGAUUACAACGACUCCUAUGAGGAAUAUUGCUACUACAUUGGUAGUGGUGAUGGUAUUGACGAUGCCGAUCUCGAACAGUAUGAGAAAAUCCUUGAUGUCAAGAGCAUGCGUAGGUACCUAAGCUAA